AUGGGUAAGAUAAAUCAGACUUUUGUGAUAGAAUUUAUUCUCCUGGGUCUUUCAGGAUAUCCAAUGAUAGAGAUCAUUUACUUUGUUUUGAUUCUAAUUAUGUAUCUAGUGAUUCUAAUUGGCAACGGUGUUCUGAUCAUAGCAAGUGUCUUUGAUUCCCGCCUUCACACCCCCAUGUAUUUCUUCCUUGGCAACCUCUCUUUUCUGGAUAUCUGUUACACUUCCUCUUCUGUUCCCUCCACUUUAGUGAGCUUAAUCUCAAAGAAAAGAAACAUUUCCUUUUCUGCAUGUACGGUACAAAUGUUCCUUGGAUUUGCAAUGGGGUCAACAGAGUGUUUGCUGCUUGGUGUAAUGGCUUUUGACCGCUAUGUGGCCAUCUGUAAUCCUCUGAGAUACCCCAUCAUUAUGAGCAAGAUUGUAUAUGUGCUGAUGGCUUCUGUGUCUUGGCUCUCUGGUGGAAUUAAUUCAAUCGUGCAAACAUCUCUUGCCAUGCAAUUACCUUUCUGUGGGAAGAACAUUAUCAAUCAUUUUACAUGUGAAAUAUUAGCAGUCCUCAAUGUUGCUUGUGCUGAUAUAUCUCUCAAUAUUAUCACCAUGGUGAUAUCAAAUAUGGUAUUUCUGGUUCUUCCACUGACAAUCAUCUUUUUCUCCUAUAUGUUUAUCCUCUACACCAUCUUGAGAAUGAACUCAGCCACUGGAAGACGCAAGGCCUUUUCUACCUGCUCAGCACAUCUGACAGUAGUCAUCAUAUUUUAUGGCACCAUAUUCUUCAUGUAUGCCAAACCCAAGUCUCAAGAACAUGAGGGAGAUGAGUGGCAGACAACAGACAAGCUCAUCUCUCUUUUUUAUGGUGUAGUAACCCCUAUGCUAAAUCCUAUUAUCUAUAGUUUGAGGAAUAAGGAUGUAAAAGCUGCCAUAAAAUAUCUGUUGAGCAAAAAAUCAGUUCAAUAA